CAACCCCACUGCCUCUCUCCUCUCAUCCUCCACCGGUCCACACCUGGGCAACCCAAGUGCGCCACUGUACUGUUCUCGUGGCAUCCCCUGCCAUCUUGGAAUAGGAAUCAGAGCGGGAAGACACUAGCUGCAGGCCCAAAACACAGCAGACUUUGAAGAUAGGAGAUAGGAAACAGAGGGAUAAAAAAUCCCAGAAUGAGCUCUUUUAGUCCUUCCAAAAACCAUUCUUAUCGUUCUCUCAUUAGGAAGCUCCUUCCAUGGACCUUUUAUGCUAUCAUCCCUUUGGUUUUCUUCCGCUUGUAUUUCUACCCUUGCACUGUUUCUCACUCCAACCUCAUUCUCAUCUCCUCCUCUCCCUUCUCUUUUUCUCCCUCUACUCUAGAAGAGGAAAGUGCUAAGGAAACUACUCCAUGUGACUACACCAAUGGCGACUGGGUCCGUGACGAGAGGGGCCCUUUGUACAAUGGUACUUCCUGCGGUACAAUCAAGGAAGGCCAGAAUUGCAACUCCCACGGCAGGCCAGAUAUGGGUUACUUAUACUGGAGAUGGAAACCAAAGCAAUGCAAGCUUCCAAGGUUUGACCCCGACACAUUUCUUCGACUCCUUAGAAAUAAGCAUUUAGCAUUUGUUGGUGACUCCAUGGCUAGGAACCAACUAGAGUCACUUCUUUGUAUGCUAGCCACUGCCUCUGCCCCUAAGCUUGUUUAUCGAGAUGGUGAGGAUAACAAGUUUCGCAGAUGGCAUUUUGAUUCUCAUAAUAUAGAUAUAUCUAUAUAUUGGUCACCCUUUCUAGUAAAAGGUGUGGAAAAAUCAAAUGCUGGCCCAAAUCAUAACAAAUUGUAUUUGGAUCAUGUUGAUGAGAGGUGGGCAGCUGAUAUGAACGGAUUUGACUUGAUUGUUCUUUCAAUUGGGCAUUGGUUUCUACAUCCAGCAGUGUAUUAUAAGGGUGAUUCUAUUCUGGGUUGCCAUCACUGUCCUGGUCUUAAUUACACUGAAAUUGGAUUUUAUGAUGUCUUGAGGAAGGCUUUAAAAACUACACUAAAGACUGCAAUUGAGAGAAGAGGGGGCGGUUCUAAUGGCAAUGGGACUAAAGUGAUUCUUACUACCUUUUCACCUUCACAUUUUGAAGGUGACUGGGAUAAGUUUGGUGCUUGUCCAAAAACCAAGCCUUAUCAGGAGGGAGAUAAAUCACUUGAAGGAAUGGAUGCAGAGAUGAGAAAAAUUGAAAUCGAAGAAGUUGAAGCUGCAAAGUUGAGUGCUAUGCAAUUUGAUUAUCUAAGAUUAGAGGCACUGGAUGUGACCAAACUAUCGCUAAUGAGGCCGGAUGGUCACCCAGGACCUUAUAUGUAUCCAUUUCCAUUUGCUAAUGGUGUAACUGAGCGUGUGCAAAAUGAUUGUGUGCAUUGGUGCUUGCCAGGGCCUAUAGAUACCUGGAAUGAGAUAUUACUGGAGGUGAUUAAGAGAUGGGAUUAUCAGUCAAUAAGAGAAGAAUGAGUGAUGACAAUGUGCCAACAUAGAGGGUUUGUCUUUGUGCUAAAUUUUGAUCCAUUUGGGUGGUGUUUAUUGCUCUUGAAGAGAGACAAAAGGAAAGGAGACAACUAGAUAAGAGAGGUUAAGUUGUGCCAAGAAUAAUGAGAUUUUGGAGUAUCUUUUGGUUUUUGUUAAAUGUACAAAUGAUAUCAAUGUGAAGUAAAUAUUAACAAAUGAUAUCAAGGAAACCUUGGCAACAUUCCAAGUGAUUGGGACCUUCCAUUUUGUCUACAGAGCAGUUUCUUUUGGAUGUGAGUUAUGCAUCUUGCUUAACCGUUCCAA